GGCUUGCGCUUUCAGCACAAAAUACACUCUUGUCUCCCGACAACCUCCACCUUGAUCUUUACAUUCAUCUUACCCGCCUGCGUACCUAUUCAACAUGUCCGACAGCGAGCAGCCACCAAAUCAGGAUAACGUCGAGCCCAAGGCUGAAGAUGCUAAUGCACCCAUCAACAUCAAGGUGGUAACGCAAACAGGAGAGGAGGUGUUUUUCAAGAUCAAGAGGAGCACAAAGCUUAGCAAGUUGCAGAGCGCGUACGCCCAGAAGGUGGGCAAGGAUGUCGGCAGCAUUCGGUUUUUGUACGACGGUAAUCGGGUGAACGAGAAUGACACACCAGCGUCGCUAGAUAUGGAAGAUAACGAUGCCAUCGAUGUAAUGGUAGAACGUAUGUUUCAGCUUCCUCUAUUCUUUGGGCACUUUCUGAAUGCUUUGGUAGAGGUUGGAGGUUCGGCAUGACCUAUCGCAGCACAUCCUCCGUCCGAUUCUUUCCCGCUCUUCAUCACAAGUUGUUUAUAUCAUAUCGUUCCAUCGCUGCUCAUCAUACUGGUGUAUUGUUGUUCUUCACCUUUCUUUAUUCUUCCCGUCGCGUUUUUCGAUUCCUUUUCUAGCCGUAUCAUAAAUUCUAACAAUGUAGCCUGCCAUCAAAUUCAAUCGAAUAACUUCACAAAUGGAUUUGCGCAGGGAUCAAAGCUUGCUCUUUGUUUUUCUUCGUAUGAAGUAC